GUCGUUCAGGACCUUCUUUCUUACGUUAGUUUUCGACAAGGAUGACACAAAUUGGGUCAAGGAAGACAAGAAGAUCGGCAUUGACUUGCGGCUCUUUCAAGGCUACGGUGUCAAGGCUUUCUCCAUGAAAGCGUUUGACGUGCGCAGGGAUGGCAUCGAGCUUCGCAUGCUUACUGCGGAACAGUUCCUCAUUAGAACGAACGACUACCGCGUCACUGACUGCCUUCCUGUCGUCAAAAGUUCCUUGGAGCUCACCAAACCCUUAGUGAAAUUCAGCAGCCCGGCGGACCAACUGUCAGGCGUUGUUAAGGAAUACAGGGAAACCUUCUCGAGGCUGCCUCUGGACCAGCAAGCCGACUGCGCUUUCGUUCCCUUUGUCACGAGCUCGAGGAAAUCGCGACAGACGCCAUCCGCGCCGGUUGGGAAGAGGAAACAGUUGGCUGUUUAUUUCCAGCUCCGCCUUUGCCAGCCGCAUCGCCCUCGCCCUUGCCCACGUGUCCAGGAAGGUGCGACUGCCUUAACUAAGCGAAACGAGGAGGAAGAAGAUGGGGGAAGCUGCGGUCCGCGUGAAGACGACGGUGAUGACGAGUAUAUGGACAUUGGGGAUGAGAACAUGCAGGACCAGAACAUGCUUAGCGAUGACGAUGUAGGUGUCACGUCGGAGCAUGGCCCUGGUGACAUCCCCACCGAUUCUGUGGGAGCGGCUGUUGGUCGGCCCUUAUCGUCCCCUACGAUAUGGCAUUCGCAAGGCGGGAGUCCGGGAGUCAAGGUGGGCAUGACUCGCAGGAGCAGGGAGGAUCAAAGUCGAGGAAAAGGACAAGAGAAACUUUUUCUUCUGCUUCCACUCACAAGAGACAAGCGAGGACUGACGCUGUUAACGAGGCUCGUGGAGCUCUGGUGGCAUCCCAGGAGGCGAGACCUUCUCGGAAGAGCAGCCAGGGGGGAAGAUCUGGCGGUCGUGGCGGCGGCCGUGGUGACGCAAGAAAAGGCAUCGACCAUCAAGAGUUCCAUCACCAUGGAACCGGGGGCGUGGGAUAGGCCUGAGCUCGUGCUUGCGCCGGUUGACCGCAACGACAUCGUUGGCGGGCAUGGAAGGCGGAUAACACCAACCGAAUUCUUCGAAAAAGACUCCUCAGAGUUCGAUUGGUAUGCUGUCUGUGGUCAGCAUACGGUCGAGGUCAUGAAGACAUUGGUAAAAAAGAGCUCUCCAGCAGUUGACGUCUAUGGCCUUCGCACGUACUCUAAGGUGCGGGUCGUCUAUUUUGGAGAUGACCAGACGCGAGGGUAUUUCAAUGUCUCCGCCUUCGACAACACGCGCGAAAAUCGGGCCAUGAUGUUGUCGUUCGAGGAUGCUGUCCGUGAUAUGAGGCAAUGGUGGAUCGAUAACCAUCGAAUCGAGGCCCCGGAAGGCAAGAUGAACCUCGCCACAUCCACCGAGGUUGUGUGGCCACUGGUCGAGAAGUUCUUCGAGAUGUUCAACGAGGGGAAGCUGCCAGUUGGCGAUGGUAAAAUACCGCUUGACAUGCCGGGUAGGAUGGAGGGGCGCCAGCCAGGCCCGUACACCGACGAGACGAAGGGGCAAAGAACAUUAUACCAUUGCAUAUACGCGAGAGAUGAUCCCAAAGGCUUCACCGUGUCGUGGAAGGAUCUCUGUCCUUCCUUCAAAAAUUUUGGGGAUUUGACGUGCCGCGAGAGGGAAGUUGCACUGCUCCUCCUCAUGAAAGGGAAGGUGGUCGUGACGAACGUCAAGGUCAUGCCUCCGAGAGUGAAUACGGAGUGCCUCCUCGACAUCAUGCGCAAGGAACGCUACAUGGUCCGUAUGUUCAACUACGUUGUUUUCCGCGCCGAGGGAAGGGCGGACGAUGAAUGGAAUGAUGCCUUCUUCAUGUCAUACAAGGACCUCGAAGACAGGUAUGGGCCGAACGGUCUGUGUGCAGCUGAAUGGGAGAAGGGACGAGACAAGCUGCAGGUCAGCAAAGUGAAGACGGUCCCUCGACGACUUGGAGGGGUGGAGGAGGCAAGGCAAGGAUCAGGCUUGGGCCCUACGGCGGCAAUGUAUAAGGAGGCUCCGUUCCACUUUAAGGCGUUUGUAUACACCUCAAUUGAUAAGCUCGAUCUGCUUCGGGCGGAGGUCAAACGGGUCGCCUCCAGCGCACGUCAUAUCGUGUGGGAUAAACUUAAAAAACAAACAACAUUGCUACCGGUGUGCAUGCCAUUGAAGGAAGUGGUGGCUGCGUCAGACGACAUCGUCGUUGCGGCGCAAAAAAUGACCUACAGGGCCGUCAUCCUUGACAUCUCCCCCGCCAACUUCUACACGACAUGGACCUCUCAAGAGUUCGACGCUCUGCACUCUAUGAUGACUAAGUGUUGUGGCGUUAAUUGGGUUCUUUUUGUCCUCGCACCGCAGAAGGUGCAAAGUGAUGUUCUGCGUUGCUUAUUUCGGUGGGAGGACAUCAAACUCAUCCUCGGGACCUGGAAAUGGGUGGACAGGCCAUCGAAUGACAUCACGAGGUACGACAAUAUCGCUACGGCGAGUCGAGACAUGAUGGCCAUUGUCCUGCACGCGGAGGGACGGUAUCUCAGAAAGGUCACGGUCGCACCCCACCUUGUCAAUGACCUCACAAACGUGCAUGUUGUGGAGGAGAAGUUCGAGAAGUGUCUGGGGAAACACGGUGGCAUAGAGGGCGAUGAAAGUGUGGUAUAUUCCAUAUGGGAGCGAGAGCCUGGCAAGUUGCGUUCGUUGUGCGGGUCAUUCGUCGGGGAGGCGGAAGGUGUGCUUUUAUUGGGUAGGGUGCACGCGGGUCUUGUGUGGGAAUUCUUACUGGCAGGGAAUAAUGUCAUUGCCUGUGAAGAGUCGACAAAGGACAUUGCAUACUUGACAAAGUUCAUCGAUAUACUUGUCAAGGACGAUAGAUUCAACUGCCACGUCAAGAAACCGCGUUGCAAAUAUCGCCCGAACAGGGACAUGUUCCACAAGUUGAGGCCUAAGAGACUGAAGGUGUGGGAGUACCUGUUCCGCGAUAUGCCACAAGGACAGCUUGAUGGGAAAUAUAUAUACAGGAAAGCAAAGGCAACAAAGACCCUCAAACAUUAUCACGGUGCUCUCACUGGCGCCUUUGAGACUUUUGUUGCUCGAUGCGAAAUCCUCAAGUUCGAUCUUCGCAAAGACCAAUUGACGUCCAAGGACUACGCGGAGCUCGCGAAAUCGGGCGAUGGCUUUAACCCCGUCGACAACGAGGAAGAUUCUUCGGACUCCGACCUCGAACUGGGCGAGGACACAUGUGCUGAGGUUCUGCGCGGUGGAAUGGUGCAAGCUCACGAUGACGGAACUGUCCAUUCGCACGAAGGGUCCAUCCCGGUGGCCGCCCCAAGCGUCGCCUCAAUGGUGGUCCCGUCGGAGACUGCUGCAUUGCAAGACAUUGGAAGAUGCAGGCAGAGCGAGACCGCCAUCAAAGUCAAGGCCGAAGAAUUGUUUCAUGUCUUGCGCGACAAUCGGCAACUGGAGUACAGCAACAAAUUUUAUGCCCUGCGCUCGAGUCCCUCACGCGGGUCAAUCAACUGGAAGGUUGAUCAAACCGCCAGAACCUUGGAGGGGAGCUGCUAUCAUGAUUUCAUGCCUUCGACCGAGCCGGCCUCUGUGGCUGCGCAAGCAGGGCACAGGGGAGAUGACUGGACUACUGUUGUCGGGCCUCAAGAGGUUAACAUGACGUCAAUGCCGCAAAUAUCGGAAAAAUCCAUCUCGGUCGCCGCGGCACAAUCGUCCCCACCCAUCGAUGUGUCAACGACGUUGCCGCCGGAUGCAGGUGCGAGGUACGGGAGUUUAUUGAUAACAAAUGCUGCAAUGCAAGGCAGAUCCGAGAUCGAGUCAGAAUCUGAUGUUGGGCCGAGCGUGGCGGAGAGUCAGUUGCAACCGUCUUUAUGCACUGGCAAAGGUGAUGCACAAUCACCGCUGACACCACAGGGAGGGGCCGGUGGGGAUGGCGGGAAGGGAGGGGAUGUGAAGGGAAUACUCCAUUCUCGCAACCUCGACACCUUAACCGCUGAUAUUGAUUAAAAGGGUGAGGGUGGGUGAGGCGGGAGGGGUGCAAUUGGAGGGGGAGAAUCCAGUGAUAUGAUUACAACUUCACCUCUGCCUUGUUGAACGAAAUUGUGUAAUUGACUUGGUUCGUUGUUUUGUUUAAAACAGAGUUCGUAUUAGUCUCCAUAGGCACCCCUUCCACAUCGUUUUUCCAUUUAUGUAUAUAUAUUUUUUUCACGUCAAAUUUUUAAUAGACCUGAGAUGUUUAGAUUGACUGCCCGUCUCGACGUCCAGUAACAAAUCGUGGUGGGAGC